AUGUGUAUUAGACUCAAUUAUCUUCUUCCUCUGGCAACUAUCCUGUCUCAAUGUGAACAACAACAACAAGCGAAAUCCCUUCGAGCAGCCUCAACUACUUCUACCAUUAAUAUCCCAACAAUAACCACCUCCACUCUCCCAUCUUGCCCAACUGCAAUCUCCGUUCUCAACUCUGGCUUCGAAUCAUCAGUAGGCAUAGGGGUUAUCCCCUGGACAAGCUCCAUCUAUGGAACAUUCAUGACUAUCAUGUCACUCAACGUCCUCCCAAAAAGCAAAGCCAAUGCUUUGCGAUACUACUCUCUUAAUCCGAUAGUUCUAACAGCUACUUCACAAACGUUAACAGUCUGUCCUGGCGUCGCGUACAAGUUCUCCGCGUGGACUAGGGGACUCUAUUCUAGUUCUCUCUAUAUUGCUACUUUUACUAUUAAUGAGACUCAAAUUACUAUUACGAAUGUUGCAGUAGGCUCUAUUUAUGUCGAGCCUACGGGGGCUUUCACGCCAACUGGCAGUUCUGUAGUGCUGAAUAUCAGUCUUAGUUGUACUGGGCCCAGAAUUACAGCUUACUAUUUGGAUGAUAUGUCGGUGGUGCCGGCUUAG